UCACAGCUCCGCCUCCAGGGUGUUGUGCGCAUACGCAAGAGCAGAAAGAGGAAGCGAGCUGAUAAACGCAUUGAACCCGUCUGUUCAGUAGUAACCAGUACAAUGACACCGUAAACUGUCGUAAAACAAAUCUAUAUCUGCCGUAUACUCAGCAAGUCUGCGUGUUUAUAUGUGUGUAUGAUGGCGUGGGGAGUGUGUAGCAGGGCUCUGGUGUGGAUUAUAACUGCGGUCAUGUGGUGGAGUCACAGCAGCCUGAUGGGCUUCUGCAGCAGCAGUACGGUGUCUGUACCAGAGAGUCUGCUCUUUGUGUCUACGCUGGACGGGAACCUUCACGCCGUCAGCAAGAGAUCUGGAACAAUCAAAUGGACCUUGAAAGAAGAUCCUGUUUUGCAAGUCCCAACGCACGUGUCAGAGCCUGCAUUUCUCCCAGACCCCAACGAUGGCAGUCUGUACUCUCUUGGAGGAAAGAAUAAUGAGGGGCUGACGAAACUGCCAUUCACCAUUCCUGAGCUGGUCCAGGCGUCACCCUGUCGCAGUUCUGAUGGCAUCUUAUACAUGGGUAAGAAACAGGAUGUGUGGUAUGUGGUGGAUCUGCUGACUGGUGAGAAGCAGCAAACGCUGACCUCCUCCUAUGCUGAGAUGUUAUGUCCAUCUUCAUCUCUGCUCUACCUCGGCCGCACAGAAUACACCAUCACUAUGUAUGACACCAAGAGCAGAGAGCUGCGCUGGAACGCCACAUACUCUGACUACGCCUUCACCCUUCCAGACGAUGACACCAAAUACAAUAUGGCCCACUUUGUGUCCAACGGUGAUGGCCUAGUGGUGACAGUGGACAGUGAGUCUGGAGACGUGCAGUGGGUUCAGAACUACAACUCCCCUGUGGUGGCCAUCUACAUCUGGCAGCGCGAGGGCCUGCGCAAAGUCCCACACACCAAUGUUGCUGUGGAAACUUUGCGUUAUCUCACUUUCAUGUCGGGAGAGGUGGGUCGCAUCACACAGUGGAAGUAUCCGUUUCCUCGGGAGAAGAAAACCAAAGAUAAGCUGAUGUCCACACUGUAUGUAGGGAAACACUCCACUGGUCUGUACGCAUCUCCCUCCCUGGUGCAUGACGGAGUUACUGUUGUGCCUCGUGGCAGGACGUUUCCCAUGCUGGAGGGCCCCAGUAACCAGGAGUCAAGUGUGGAAGAUGAGCAGGAGUGUGUGAUCACGCCCAGCACCACAGUAAAGUUCAGUGCAGCAUUGAAAGAGAGGAACCGCAUGAACGUCAUGAGGAACUCUCUGCUGCUGAUAGGUCACCACGAGACGCCGCCUGACGCUCAUAAUAAAAUCCUGGAGAAGUUUCCAGAGAGCAUCCCCCGCCAGCAUGUCAACAUCAUCCCCCCUGCCACAGAGAAGACCAUUGAAGAGAAAGUGAAUGAGAGUGGAAUGGAAGACAACAGUCCACUGCCUCCACCCGUGUCGUCCCUGCAGGAGAAACCCGGCCGUCUCCCACGCGUGGAGACUCCAGUGGACUCCAUGCUGAAGGACAUGGCCACCAUCAUCUUCUGCACUUUCCUUUUGGCUGGCUGGGUGGCCUUCAUCAUCACCUACCCCAAGAGUGUCCAUAAGCAGCAGCAGUUGCAGCACCAGCAGUUUCAGCAGCAGAUGGAGGAGAAGCUGCAGCUCCUGCAGCGUCAGCAGCUCAUUUUCCAGCCACCCACAGAUCUGCCUCCUGACACUGACUUCCUGGAGGCAGCCCGGACCCGCUCAGAGAGCUCUGGCCACAGCAGUCCCAACGUAACCCCGCGAGCAUCCAACCAUUCCAACAUGUCCCAGUCUGAGAUGGGACAUUCAGCUAAUGAGCAUGAGGACACAGAGGACGAAUCCAACAUUGUUCGAAUUGGAAACAUCACGUUCAGCCCCAGAGAUGUGCUUGGACAUGGUGCUGAGGGAACUAUUGUGUACAGGGGUCAGUUUGAUAACCGUCCAGUGGCUGUAAAGAGGAUUCUCCCAGAAUGCUUCAGCUUUGCCGACCGUGAGGUUCAGCUGCUGCGGGAGUCAGAUGAGCAUCCAAACGUGAUUCGUUACUUCUGCACUGAGCGAGACCGUCAGUUUCAGUACAUCGCCAUAGAGCUGUGCAGCAGCACACUGCAAGAGUAUGUGGAACGAAAGGACUUUGACCGCCACGGUUUGGAGCCAGUGACACUGCUAGAGCAAACCAUGUCUGGACUGUCUCAUUUACAUUCUCUUAAUAUAGUCCACAGAGAUCUGAAGCCGCACAACAUCCUUGUGUCGAUGCCAAACACGCACGGGCGCGUGAAGGCCAUGAUCUCAGACUUCGGCCUGUGUAAGAAGCUGGCGGUGGGCAGACACAGCUUCAGCAGGAAGUCAGGCGUCCCAGGCACGGAGGGCUGGAUCGCUCCGGAAGUGCUCAGUGAGGAUGCUAAACAUAACCCGACCUGCAUGGUAGACAUCUUCUCUGCAGGCUGUGUGUUUUAUUAUGUGGUAUCUGAAGGCCAACACCCCUUUGGGAAGUCCUUGCAGCGGCAGGCAAACAUUCUGCUGGGUGCCUAUUCACUGGACCACUUACAGCCGAACAGACACGAGGAUAUUGUGGCCCGAAAUCUGAUUGAGCAGAUGUUAAGCAUGGAGCCAGAGAAGAGACCCUCGGCUGACAGAGUGUUGAAACAUCCCUUCUUCUGGAGUCUGGAAAAACAGCUGCAGUUCUUCCAGGAUGUGAGCGAUAGAAUUGAGAAGGAGCCCUUAGAUGGACCGAUUGUGAGGCAGCUGGAGAGAGGAGGACGGGUGGUGGUCAAAGGUGAUUGGAGGGAUCAUAUCACAGUGCCUCUACAGACCGAUCUACGCAGAUUUCGUUCAUACAAAGGCGGAUCGGUCAGAGAUCUUUUACGUGCCAUGAGAAAUAAGAAACACCAUUACCGAGAGUUACCUGAUGAAGUCCAGGAGACGCUGGGGUCCAUUCCAGAUGAAUUUGUGUCCUACUUUACCUCCCGCUUCCCUCUUCUUCUCCAGCACACACAUCUGGCCAUGCGUUUCUGUGCUGCGGAGCGACCUUUCCUGCCUUACUACCAUGCUUCUGAACUGCUCACACACCACACAGACACACAUUGUGUAACACAGACUCCGCCCACACAGCAUUCCAGUCCGUCAGUGCCCUCAGGCCUGUCAUCGUCCAGUCAGAUAUCAGCAGUCAUACCUGAGCUCACCCCAGAGAUGCACACACAGACAGGCCCAAUGCCGCCCACACUGUGCGCACAGGAGACUGGAGCUCCAUAGUGCCACGUGACUGAUGGACUCUUUCCAGACACAUUCCAGGGAUGAGCGGUCUGUCUGUGCGGAUGCAGUCUGGGCCUGCAGUGUCCGGGCUAUGUCACCGCAGAGGACGCCAUCCCAUCUUUAGUGCCUUACAUGCUCAUUUUAGACAACCGCUCUCGUCUGAGCGACUUACAGCUUCCUGACCAAGAUCAUUUGGAGGAUGCUGGGAAAGAUGGUGUGCUCACAAAACCUUGAAGUCAUUCCUUCUUUUUUAAGAUUGGAAGGUGUGGGAUUUUUGUUGAACACUUGAAGUGAACGCAAGAAAUUCUACUGUGCAAUGUUGAGAGAACAUGUUAUUGAAUAUAUAUUUUUGUACAUAUUUUGAUCAUUGAUAAUUGGUUGAAGUGGCCAUUGAUUGUGCCUUUUUAAAUGACACUGUGCCGUGUGUCUUGGUCCUGAAGAGAGUCUGAUGUUUGUGGUUUUGCUUUAUGCCUUUGCUGCUGAGAGCUGUUAAAGGAAUAGUUCAGGCAAAAAUGAAAAGUGGCAUCAUCUAGACAUGUCCCAUACAUAGAUGUAUGACUUUCUUUCUUUCCAGAUUGAACAGCCAUGCCUCUUUUCCAUCUGGAGUGGCCAGAUGCUGUGAACCCCCAAAAUUACCAAAAAUAAUCAUAAAAGUAGUCGAUAGGACUUCUGAAGAUCACAUCCAAACUGAAGUCAUUAUUCACUGAUGAUCUCCCCCAGCGCCACAUUUUUUAAUUCUCAUUCAAAGUGUUAAGACAUCACACCCGUUUUGACAUCAAUGAAGCCAAAAAGCAUUGCAUAUCAUGUGAACAAUCACAUCACCACAUGUCAGGAAUAAAUGGAAGCACAAAUCGGGUUUGUGAAUGAUAACUGUAAUCAGUAAAUACUGUCUACUGUGCUAAAUUUGGGUCUGUUUCUCAGACAGUGCUAUCAUAUGGCUUCAGAAAACUUUAAAUACUGUUCACAAAACAUUAUGGAAUACUACUAUGAUACUACUGGUUUGAAACAACAAUGAUGACAGCUUAAUUUUUGGAUGAACUAUUCCUUCCAUGUCUCUAACAUAAAACCAACUGUAUGACAUUACAGGUAUUACGCUUUCAAAAGUAUAUAUACUUUCAUGACAAACUUGGUUAUUAUCCUGUAUUGUGUUCAUAACUUCAGACAUCCACUUUUAUAUGUUGGCAUAUUUUAACAAAACAUGGUAAACUAUGAAUUUAUUCCCGUGGAUUCUGGAUAGUGCGGUUAAGUUUUAGCUUUCAGGUGAUUCUCUUAAAUGGUUAUUAUAUUGGAAAAUAAUUAAACUAUUUUUCUUGGUUUUAA